ACGAAAAUCACGUUAAAAGCAAUUGCUGCGCGCUUCAAUUCGGUUUUAAUAGUCAUUCCAAAACGCGCGAAUACCCAAAGUGCCUUUGAGCAGUUUACAUUACCCCACGAGAGCGAAAAAUCGAUUGAAAUAAAAUGGCUGGUGGUAAAGCAGGCAAGGAUUCGGGCAAAGCAAAGGCGAAGGCAGUUUCCCGCUCAGCGCGCGCUGGUCUUCAGUUCCCCGUUGGCCGUAUCCAUCGUCAUCUGAAAAGUCGUACUACAUCUCAUGGACGCGUUGGUGCCACCGCUGCCGUCUACUCCGCUGCCAUAUUGGAAUAUUUGACUGCUGAGGUUCUGGAAUUGGCAGGAAAUGCAUCGAAAGAUCUGAAAGUGAAACGUAUCACACCGCGCCACUUACAGCUCGCCAUUCGCGGAGACGAGGAGCUGGACAGUCUGAUCAAGGCAACCAUCGCCGGCGGCGGUGUCAUUCCCCAUAUUCACAAGUCGCUUAUCGGCAAGAAAGAGGACACCGUCCAGGAUCCACAGCGAAAGGGCAAUGUGAUCCUUUCGCAGGCCUACUAACUGCCAAACCCACAUUUGACACCCUCUUUUUUAAAAAAUACGAUGUUUUAAGAUUAAAUUCCGAAGAACCGUGUAGAGAGAUCCAAACUUACCGACGAGGAAAAACAUGUAAUUUUAAUAAUUUCUGUGCGACGGCAACGCAUAUUUACCCUCACACAAAAGAAAGCAUAAUUAUAUGUAAUUAUAGAUAUCUGCCCCCAGGCCAACACACACACACACACAACAAAACCCCUCAAGCACCCAAAUCUCACACAUCCAUAAAAUAUAUACGCGCACGCAUUAUUUUUUAUAAUCUUAAACAAAAAUGUGAAAGGAUAAAAGAAAUGCAAUGAGCGAUCGAAGAUUAUAUAACAGAUGAAAGCGGAAAGUAAAGCAUAGAUAAGUAUAAGCGCCGAGUAAUUACACGAAUAAAUUUAAUAAAAAUUAUAAUAAAAACUCAAA